AUGGCUCCUACAAUCACUUCCUCAGCAAACUACCCAAAGGAACACCUGAGUCUGACCCACAAGAUAAGAAAACCUGUUGUGGAGAAGAUGCGCAGAGAUCGCAUAAACAACUGUAUCGAGGAGCUCAAGGAUCUCCUGGGUCCAAAACUCCUCAAUCAGCAGCCCAAGUCCAAGCUGGAGAAAGCUGACAUCCUGGAGAUGACCGUUUGCCUCCUGCGACGACAGCUCCAACUUAAGCCCUCCUCUGACGCUGUUCACCAGGGAUUCUCCAGGUGUGCCCAAGAGGUUGUUUACUUCCUCUCUGAAGAUAAGGUCCAGACACAGUCCCAUGGAACCGUGCUGAACCACAUCCAGACCCUGAAGCCGUCCUCUAAUGAGGACAAGCCACAGCUGAGCAUGCUGGACCAGCAGACACUGAGUAAAGAGAAGAGUUCACUCAAGAGUGCCCUCUGGAGGCCGUGGUAG